UUGUACCCUCAAAUCCCUUUCAGUUUCCGUUUAAAUCUUUCAUUCUCGAAGUGAAAAUUCUUUCUUAGAAAUUCCGAGAAGUUUUUUCUUUCCUCCCGGAGAGGGGGGAGUAGAAUAUCUUACAGCUAGAACCACUUUCUUGGCGAUUCAUCAUAAGGCUUCAAACAUUUUCCCAAGAAAGUGACAACUUUCUCUAUUGAUUUUUAUCACCAAACGCUGAAUUUCGUUUUCUCCAUAAGACAAGAGGAAGUAGGUUGGUUUUCAAGUAGCGGGAACGGUUUCUUGAGAUUUCAAGAAAAGGGUACUGGAAAUUUUCCCGAGAAAGUGAUAAGAGUACUCGUAAGAAAUGUGGGCCAACGACAGGAAACCGCUGGGAAGGGGAUUCUCUACGCCACAGCCAACGUGGAACUCAAGGCCGAGAGAUUCUCUGGUAAUGCCGAUGUCGGAGAGGAAGAGUUCUUCUCCAGUGCAUAAAGGUGAUCUCUUUCAUGUCGUCCAUAAGGUGCCUGCUGGCGACUCGCCUUAUGUCAGGGCUAAACAUGUUCAGUUGAUAGAGAAAGAUCCAAGCAGAGCAAUUUCCUUAUUCUGGGCUGCAAUAAAUGCUGGGGAUAGAAUUGACAGUGCCUUAAAAGACAUGGCAGUCGUGAUGAAACAAUUGAAUCGAUCCGAUGAAGCAAUCGAGGCCAUUAAAUCUUUUCGCCACCUCUGUCCUUACGAUGCUCAGGAAUCUCUAGAUAAUGUGCUUGUUGAACUUUACAAGAGAUCCGGAAGGAUUGAAGAAGAGGUUGAACUCCUUCAACACAAACUGAAGAACAUUGAAGGUGUAACCUUUGGUGGGAAGAGAACAAAGACAGCCAGGUCUCAAGGAAAGAAGAUUCAAAUAACUGUUGAACAAGAGAAAUCAAGGAUUUUAGGCAACUUGGCCUGGGCUUACCUUCAGCAGCAUAAUUAUGGAAGUGCAGAACAAUAUUACAGGAAAGCUUUGUCCUUGGAGGUUGAUAAGAACAAGCAAUGCAAUCUGGCAAUUUGUUUAAUGCAUAUGAAUAGAAUUGCAGAAGCAAAAUCACUUCUUCUCGCUGUAAGAGAUUCGCCUAAGAAAAGACAGAUGGAUGAGUCGUGCGCAAAAUCAUUUGAACGCGCUUAUCAAAUUCUAAGAGAGAAAGAAUCACAACAUGAACGAAGUGGAAGAUCUGAAGACAGUUUCUAUGUGGUUGACAAUGAGAGCUCAAACUCUGACAAAAAUGGUUUGGAUAAUUGGAGCAAUGGUUGUUGUUCUGAAAGCUCAUUGGAGAUGUCCAAUUUUGCAGACGGAAUGAAGAGAUAUCAGAAUGGGAAAGAAACUGAAGCAAGUUUAGGGAAUAACAGCUACUCAACAUGUACUAGAAGGAAAUCAGGAAUUUUCCUUACACAACCAAGAAGAUGCUCAUGGGGUUUGGAGGAUGAAAAUUACAGAGAAAUAUGGGGAAAAAGUUUGGGUGGAAGUUCGGUUAGGAAAUUGUCAUUUGAGCAAAAUAAAAUCACCGAGAAUGCGUUUUCGCAUGCAUCCGGAAAUCUGAAAUCAGGUAUUCUACUUACACAACCAAGAAGAUGCUCAUGGGGUUUGAAGGAUGAAAAAUAUAGAGAAAGAUUGGGAAAAAGUUUGGGUGGAAGUUCGGUUAGGAAAUUGUCAUUUGAGCAAGCUAAAAUAACCGAGAAUGCAUUUUCGCAUGCAUCCGGAAAUCUGAUAGAAGAACCAGUAACAUGCACCGAUGACAAUGUAGAGUCUCAUUCAGGAGUUCUACUUACACAACCAAGAGUUUCAUUGGGGAUUAAUGAAGAUCAGAGAGGAAAAUGGGGAGAGAAUAUGGUUGAUAGUUCUCCUAGACAAUUAUCGUUUGAGUACAAAAAUCAGAAAGAAGACCCAGUUGAUGAAAACCCAGAAAAUUUAAAGGAUAAAGCUAAGAAGAGUUGGGCUGAUAUUGCAGAAGAAGACGAAGAAAUGUAUAAAGAAUUAGUUUGUGGAGAUACUCCAAGUAAAUAUUUUGAUGGUUUGAAGAGCAAAGAAGAAGAAGAAAAAUUUAGUGACGAAAAUCUGGAUACCAACUUGAUGUAUCAAAGCCCUUAUUAUCCAUUGAGUCAGACAGAAGCUGCAGGACAAGAGCUGAAAUCAUUUUAUCAGAAAGAUGGAUAUAAUGGUACAUCUGGAAAUGCUGUUUCAUCUAGAAAUCCUACAGCUCGUCGAUCUUUAUAUUUCGGAGGCGACAGCAAUUCUUUGCCCUUGAAAGAAAAAGAUUCCUUUACUGGGAAGAACAUAAGCAUGACGAGGAGAAACAGGUUGAAGGUUUUCACAGAAAUAACUCUACUUCCAGACAGUCCAUGAAUCAUUAUACGGAACUGCAGACAAAGGAUCAGGUUCGGUAUAAGCAUUUUAGUCUCUUCAUGCUCAUUCCAUGAAUCACUUCAUGUUCAUUCCAUCGUUACUGUCAAUUGCAUCUUUCCCAUUAUAUACUAAAUGAAAAGAUAGAGGCUGUGUUACCCUUAAUAUAGUGUGUGGAAAAGUGUACAAUAUAUGUGGUUACCGUUUAUGUAAAUCAU